UCGCAAGAAAGAAAAACGAAAAAAACGCGCAUAUACAUCCGUCCCUGGCAUCUUCGUUUUUCGAUUUUGAAAUCGGGCUAAGAGUUCCGACCUAAUCGAUUGGGGACGGGACUUGACUCUACAAAAUCCUUUCAAAGUUCGCUUCUCGUUACAGAAAAUGGGUUUCUGGACUUUGCUAGAAGGGCUUCUUCUUUUUGCAAAUGCACUGGCUAUUCUGAAUGAGGACCGAUUCCUUGCUCGAAGAGGGUGGACCUUGGCUGAGCUUCCAGGCGGUAGAAGAAAUUCACUUAAGGGGCAAAUGAUUGGGCUCAUACAUGCAUGCCAAUACAUGAGACUCCCACUUAUGAUUUUGAAUAUCAUCAUUAUUGUUGUGAAGAUGUUCUCAGGUUGAGGUUAAAUGGGACAGGUUCGUUACUUGUGACAUUAACUAAUCUCUGUGCACUGUGAUUCUAACUAAAUCCCGGCCAAAAUUGCUUAUGCAUGAUUGUUUCAGUCCCAAGAAGUAGAGCUAGAACAUGUCAGAAUUGAGAUCAUCUAUUUUUAUAGGACAUGAUAGUACGAUUCUGCGA